CAAUUCCCGGGGCUGGGAACAACAAACAUUCAAAGUUCAGGGCAGCACGUACGUCAAAGGUUGGUUCGAACCUCGGCUUUUCCAUUUUGAGAUUGGGCAACCCAGAACCUCGGAAACACAUCCAAAAGUGAAUACCCCAGGAAUUCAUUGUUUCUCGGAUCUCAUCUUAUUCCAUUUCAAUUCAUUCUGCCUCAUCGUGAGAUUUUGCCCUCGGCUCCCGACUCUCAAAACGCUGGGGCUGUUUCCUCAUCAAAAUAACAUUAAACCCAUCGGAGACAUAAGGGGUCCAGACUACAAAGCUACCCCAUAUUUCACAUCGCGCGCAACUGUCGAAGGAUCAAAUCAUCAGUGUCAGUCCCUUCCUUGGGCCAAAAGUCUAGACUCGUUGACCUCGGUCGCAUUUCUUGUUUGACUUGUUUAUUUCCUUGGCAAUUCGCCCAACAGACUUCACGCCUCUCCACCCACGCAGACGGCGCUACCGGUUGUUUACUACAGAACAAGUCCUUCGUAAAGUGAAAAGGGCAUAAGUAAAAGCCACGGUCGAGAACGCUACGGAUCCAUUACCACCCAACAGGCGUUUAUCUUUACCCCAGAGAAGCGAACCGCGGAAUGGGUAACAAGGCUUCACCAGCGGAGCUAAAGACCCGCAAGAGAGAAGACUAUCGUUUCUUCCUUGACUACCGCACGCGAUGGUGAGUUUGCGCCUCAUUGAUGCUUAAGCUAAAGCCGUAUCCUUUGCUCCGGAUUAUUACCAUCGCUCAUCAUUUGACCUUAUCUUUGCAAAUUGCGGAAUGCGUCUACCGUCACGGUGACAUCUCUCACGUGUAGAAGGGAUAUGAUUUAUCGCUUCGAUAGACUGACUCCCUUGUUAAUAGGAACGACAAUGAUAUGUAUGACCACAUGAACAAUUCCGUUUACAACUUUUUAUUCGACUCCAUCAUCAACGCAUACCUCAUUGAGAAUUGUGGUCUCCAUCCUCCUACAGCACCACAGUUUGGCAUGUGCGUGCACACCCACACAGACUAUUUCUCGUCUAUCGCGUACCCUGCCGUCGCGGAGCUUGCCCUACGUGUCAACAAGCUAGGUAAAUCUAGCGUCACGUACGAGACUGCGCUCUUUGAGAAGGGCAAGGAAGAGGUGAAGGCGGUAGGAGAGUUUAUACAGGUGUAUGUUGAUCGUGAGACGAAUAGACCGCUAAAGGAUGGUAUGGCUUCAACGCUUCGUGAGAAGCUGCAGGAGCUGGUCGUUGAUGACGAUGCAAUUAAAGCAAAGGCUAAGCUUUAAGGAUAUAUGUAAGCAUAUGUACAGUCAAGGGGAGGCAAGAAAACUUAGGACCUCUUAUCUAAGUGAUAAAAAAGCGUAGGUAAACUUAGUAUAUUUUAUUAGGACUUUAGACCAGUUUAUUUUAGCACCCUGAUUCAACGUCAGAAGCUUUCUUGCUGUGCUAUUCGCCUACCAACCAGUAUAUCGCAAACCAGGAUCAUUAAGGCCAAG